AUGCGUGCUCGGCUCCAUUCGCGGCUGCUGCUCCUCGCAUCGCUGCCACCAUGCUACUGCGGUUCAGCUGAGCACCCCACCAUGCCCGCGCUCCAGCUCGCCCUCGGCCACACCCUCGUGCUCGUCGUGCCUGCUGCUCGGGCGCGGUCGCUCCCUCAACCGUCGCAGCUCCGGCCUAUGAUGCACCCCGGCCUCCUCAGCCUACGCGCGCCCGCGCCCGUCCUGGCUCGGCGUCCGCGUGCCCGCGGACUCUGGCUCAGUCUUGCGGCUCAGCCUCGCCACACGGUCCGCCUGCGUCGCGCCGCCUAUUCAGCGCCGGAAGCUCCGAUUUCCGCCCAGCCGACUCCGCUAGCUCGUCGACCUCCUCCAACGCCUGUCGGGUCGUCCUCGCGCACCGGCUCCCGUGCCUGCCGGGUCGUCCUAACACGCCGGCCCCUGCGCCCGCCGGCCCGUCCUCGCGUCUCGGUCACCCCGCCAUCGACCACGCCGGGCGUCGCGCCCGGCCACCCGGCCUCCACGCCAGUCGGCCUCCAUGUGCAGAGGCCGGCUGCUCCGUCCGUGCGCCGGCUCCGCCUACUCCGCCGGGCCGCCUCCUCGCACCGGCUCGGCCGUGCGCGCUUGCCCCACGUCGAGCCCGGCCGCGUCCGGCUCCCCGGUGCCGCCCCGCGCCCAGCCGGGUCCGGUGAGCGUCGCCUCCGCCGGCGACCAGGUCGCCUCCCGCGCGCCCCCACGCUGGCUCCGCCCCGCAUGCGCGUGGCGCCUCCAGCCACCUGCGCGCCCGCGCCACGAGCUCAGCCCCUCGCGCCGACCGGCCUCGCACACUCGCGCGCGUCCGCACGCCGCGUUCCGUCUCCGCCCGCGAUGCCGGAGUCCGGCCCCGGCUCCGUCCGACUUGCCGCCUCCGGCCCGCCCAUGUCGACCGGCCUCCCGCGCUUGGCCGGCUCUGCCCACGCCGGCUUCCCUGGCGAUUAG